AAGAUAAACACAGGCAUGCUGUGUCUGAAUCCUCAAGAACGCUGGAGGAUCAGACUUCUCCUGGAGAACCACACACCAGACUUGUGGGCAUUGCAACUCAAUACACAGAGCUGAUGAUCAUUGAUCAGUACAGAAGAACCUACAAUGAGGGACACCAUGAACUGGAGAAAAUGUGGAAUACACAUGGAGCACUGGUAGAAGAGCAGACAAAAGUGAAAUUUGAGCGAAUCUGGACAGAGCAGCUUUUCAGAAGGACCUCCCAACACAUUGUAGUUGUUAGUGGAGUGGCAGGAAUUGGGAAGACCACAAUGGUCCAGAAGAUCAUGCUUGACUGGGCCAGGGGUAUUCAGUACCAGAGUUUUGCAUUUGUGUUCCUGUUUAAAUUUAGGGAGCUCAAUCUCUUAGAUACAAAGGCAGAGCCACAAAUGCCUCUAACCAGACUGAUUGUAAGGCACUAUAAACAUCUCAAUGACAUGAGACUGAGGCAAAUCCUUCAGAAUCCUGAAAAAAUUUUCUUUAUAUUUGAUGGACUGGAUGAGUACAAACACAAACUGGACUUCACAGAGAGGCAGCUCUGCUCAGACCCAGGUGAAUAUUUUCCAGUCCAUGUUCUGGUCACCAGUCUGAUCAGUCGGAAAUUAUUGCAAGGCUGUUCAGUCCUAAUAACAACCAGACCAACAGCCCUGAAUUCCCUGGACAUGAACAGAGUUGAUCGAUUUGUGGAGAUCCUAGGAUUCUUCCCUGAACAAAGGCUGAUGUACUUUAAAAAGGUCUUUGGUGAUGCUGAUCUGGGUUCAAAGGCUUUUCAAUCUGUGGAGGAGAAUGCCGUCCUGUACUCAAUGUGCUUCAACCCCUCAUGCUGUUGGAUUGUCUGCUCUGUGUUGAAGAACCAUUUCAUUACAACUGACGAAAAGCAAAAACCUGCUCCCAAAACUGUUACCGAGCUCUUUGUAAUGUUCCUUUACAACAUAGUGACCAAUCAUAGGCGAGAAGCUAAGAACCAGCAGGAGACUCUGAUAAAACUGGGAAUGAUGGCUUAUUAUGGGGUGGUCAACAGGACUCAUGUGUUUUAUGACAAGUCUGAGAUCUCUGCCUUUGGUCUCCAGAAAGUCCUGUCCUCUUCAUUCCUCUCAGGGUUCCUCAAAGAAAUCUUGCAAAGUGAAAGCACUCAGCAGUACAUAGCAUAUAAAUUUUACCAUCUCACCCUACAGGAGUUCAUGGCUGCCUGUACUUUCUACCUUGAUCGAUCAGUAAGCAUUGAGGAGCUGCUUGAAGAGUUGGACUCAUGUAAAGAUGGCCGAUUUGAGAUUCUCACUCGAUUCCUGGCAGGAUUGGCCAGGCCUUCUGUUUUUAAAACACUGGGAGGAAUCCUGGGAGAGUUCGAGUGGAAGACAGCAAACCGGAUACUGGAGUGGGUGAAGCAGAAAGCUGAACUGGCACUACAGGGUCAAGAUAAAAGAGAACUUCUGCGAGUGUAUCAGUGGCUUUAUGAGACUCAGAAUGAAAGAUUAAUCAGAAACACCAUUGGGAAGGAUUUAAGGAUUGACUUCAGUAGCACAACUUUAUCUCCUCUGGACUGUGCUGUGCUGGGCUCUGUCAUCAGCUGCUGUGGAGAACUUGAGGAGCUUGACCUGUCAAAGACACAUCUCACCCCAGAGUGCAUCAGGAGACUGGAGCCAGGGCUCAGCUGCUGUACACAUGUCAACCUGUCUGAUUGUCAUUUUACCUCCAGAUGUUGCUCAGUUCUCUCCUCAGCCCUUUCUUCUCCACAUUCACAACUGACUGAACUGGAACUGAACAAAAACAUCCUGGAGGAUUCAGGUGUGGCUCAGCUGUGUGGUGGGCUGAGGAGUGAAAACUGCAAAUUACAGACUUUGAGCCUGUACUCAUGUCAUCUCACCUCCACAUGUUGCUCAGCUCUCUCCUCAGUCCUUUCUUCUCCACACUCACAAAUAACUGAACUGUGGUUGAGUGACAACAGCCUGGGGGUUUCAGGAGUGGAUCAGCUGUGUGAGGGACUAACGAAUGAAAACUGCAAAUUAGAGAAACUGAGCCUGUCUUAUUGUCAUCUCACCUCCAGAUGUUGCUCAGCUUUCUCCUCAGUCCUUUCUUCUCCACACUCACAAAUAACUGAACUGUGGUUGAGUGACAACAGCCUGGGGGUUUCAGGAGUGGAUCCGCUGUGUGAGGGACUAAGGAAUGAAAACUGCAAAUUAGAGAAACUGAGCCUGUCUGAUUGUGGUCUCACCUCCAGAUGUUGCUCAGCUCUCUCCUUAGUCCUCUCUUCUCCACACUCACGACUGACUGAACUGGAACUGGACAACAACAACCUGGGAGAUUCUGGAGCUUGUCAGCUGUGUGGGGGGCUGAGGAGCCCAAACUGUAAAUUAAAGGCACUGAGGCUGUCUGAUAAAGAUAUCAGUGACAGGGGGGAGAAAAACCUGAGGUCAAUGCAGAAGGAUCUGCAGCGGAUUGGACGGCAGGUGGAUAUCACAACAUGAGAAGACCUGACAUGGUAAUCAACUGAUCCAAGUGAUGGACAUCCUAGUUCAAUUAAUCUCCUAAAUUCUUCU